AUGGAAAAUGAUAGAAGCCAGCUUGGUCAGAUUGACCCAAGAAGAGCCCGCUUUCCUUGUUGCAUAGUAUGGACUCCAAUACCAUUCAUCACGUGGUUGGUGCCCUUUAUCGGUCACAUUGGCAUCUGCAGAGAAGACGGUGUGAUUCUGGACUUCGCUGGUCCACAUUUUGUAUCAGUUGACAACUUUGCGUUUGGAGCUGUCGCACGCUACAUUCAAGUAAACUGCGAUGAGUGCUCUAAGCUUAUUGAACCUGAAGGAGAUGCCACGUGGGACGGCGCACUGAAGAAAGGCACACAAGAGUUCCAAAACAGAAACUACAACCUGUUCACCUGCAACUGUCACUCCUUUGUCGCAAACAAUCUGAACCGGCUGUUCUAUUCUGGCCACGACAAAUGGAAUGUGGUCAGCUUGGCUGCUGUGAUGUUCUUACGAGGCCACUGGGUGAGCACGGCGUCAGUGAUGAAGACCUUCUUGCCGUUUGCAGUUGUGCUUUCCAUCGGUACCCUCCUUGGCGGCACGACCUUCCUGAUCGGCCUCCUUGCUUUCGCCGCUGUGAUGACUGUCUGGUUCCUUGUGGGCACCUACUGCAUCAAAGGCCUCAUAGAGUUGUGA